GUAUAAACACACCGGCGACCAGACGGAUGACAGACACAGAAGAAACGAACAACACAGACGCCAUCGACUGAGAGAAGAACCCACCACCUGAAGAAACAUGAAGACCCUGAAGCUCCUCACCAUCUGCGCUCUGCUGUCUGUCUGCGCAUCUAUGGGAGUGUACACGGAGCCUGCAGACGAUGUGGUGGUCGUGGAUGUGGUGGUUCCUCCAUCCGGAGCUCCUACUGAUACUGCCUCUUCAUCAGCAUCCUCAUCUGCCUCAGACUCUGAUUCCGCUUCCUCUUCCUCUGAGUCCGACUCUGCAUCUGAUUCUGCAUCCGACUCCACAUCCGACUCCGCAUCUGACUCCGCGUCUGAUUCUGCCUCAGAUUCAUCCUCAUCCUCCUCUGAAUCAAACUCUGUCAGCGCUGAAGGCACGCCUGCCCCUCACGUGCUGCUGAAGAGGGAUGUGGCGGCUUCCACUGCUGCGGCACCGGAGAGCAGGAACACCGGCGGCCAAUCUGAGUCCUCAACAGCUGGAGAGUUUGCGAGAGGUGUGUGAAGUGAAUCUGGCCUGUGAACACAUGGCUGAAACAGCCGGGAUCGUAGCUGCUUAUACAGCUUAUUACGGACCAAUCCCAUACUAACACACACAACUGACUUCUGAUGUUUUCAUACUGAUAUGUUUACCCCUGUAUUUUUAUUUCCAAGACAUGUAGUGUGUUUUUUUUUAAUGCCAGCCAUGCAACUUAAUGUAAGUGAUUUCAGGUUUUGAUGUUGUUUUACUUGAGAGAAAUCCAGGAAAUCUUCAUGUUUUAGUGAUUGAGACACUAUUGGUGCAAUUAGACUCAAGUUUCUCUGUGUUAGUGAAGUGUGUUUCUUUAUAUUAUUAUGCCUGUGUAUAGAAGAAAAGCAUAUAAGUAGUAAAUCAUUCUUGUUAGUA